AUGGGUGAAUUAAAUAAUUCUAAAAAAAAUGGCAAAAGUGCACAUAUUUCCGAAGGGAGAAAUAAGGGACCUAUCGAUUUGGAUAAACAAUGUGGUGUUAUUCAAUAUCCAAAAACUACUCCAUGCACACGUUCAUUGACUUGUAAAACUCAUUCUGUUGGUUCAAAACGAGCUGUUCAAGGUCGUUCAAGGAGAUACGAUGAGUUACUCGCCGAACAUCAAAAGAAAAAAGCUGCAGAACGUCCGCAAAAAGAAGCUGCAGUAUCAAAUAAUAGACAAGAUAAUAAGAUCGAAGAUUCGGAAAGAGAUGUCGCUGUAGUCGAUUCAGAUGCUGAAGUUGAUGCAGUCAUGGAAGCAACAAUGUGUUAUAAACCUCGACCUCUUGUCACGCGACCAAAUUACUAUCUUCAUACACCACGGACAAGCGACUUUUUUAA